AUGGAGGAUGGUGGUGUCGCCGAAGAGGGCUCUUACUCUGAGCUCAUGCAGCGUCGUGGUGUCUUCUACAAGCUUGCCACUGCCGGAGAAUGGGAAGAAGAAUAUCAAACGGAAUCCCUACUGUGCGCUGAGCUAAGAGUUGAAGCAAUUUUGAAGCAAUUGCCAACUGGACUUGAUGAUUCAUCUCUCUUCGAUAACAGUGAUGAGGAUUACAGAAACCUUAUCCAUAGUAAAAAAGCUUCUUCAUGA